CAUAACCUUUUAUAAUUUUCGUAUGGUUGUUUAGGUUAUUAGUCUAGUGCGGAAUUGUAAUCGUAUUUUUGUGUCACAAAGAUUGCAAAUUAAUUUAAUUUUAGUUAAUUAGAAUACGAUAUGGUUUUCUUAUCGUUAAAUCUGUUAGCAAGAAGCCGCGGACCUGAUGAAUUUUGGCGCAAACGAAAAAUAUUGAAGCUUGCCGCGCAUUACAUUGGCAGAAAAAGGAAUUGCUAUAGUUUAGCUAUCAGAGCUGUACAUAGAGCUUUGGUAUACUCCACUCGAGGUAGACAAUUAAAGAAAGAAGAUAUGAUGGAGUUGCGAGAGCAGAGGAUAGAAGCUGCUAUAGAACAACAUGGUAUAAAUUUUCAAACUUUUAGAGAAGGAUUAGCAAGAUGCUCGAUUUUCUUGAAUCGCAAAUCAUUAGCUGAUUUAGCAAUUUGGGAACCUCGAUCUUUUAAAGCUCUUACUGAUAUUGCUAGCGCAAGAGCAAAACAAGACCAUCUGAAGUCUGCUGUAAAUGUUGAAAUACCAAAAAGCGUUAUUGUAAGAGGAUCGAUUAAAUGAAUUCUUGCAAAGGUUGUAUAAAAAAAGAUUUUUUCCAUCUUCUUUCAACAUUUAUUGAUAAUCCUUUAUAUUUUGGCAUUGGUCUAUUAAUAAUAAUAGUACUAUAGUUGAUAGAUAUCUUCGAUUUUUAAUUUUGCGCAAUGAAUAUUUUGCAGCACCAUAAAUACAUUUGAGUCAUGUGUACACUAGUCAUUCAUUUCAACAACAAUGUAACAUGUAUCUUUAAUAUUAAGUAGCUAUAUUGUAUUCACUUUAGAACUUGAAAAUAUAUGAUAGAUAUGGA